UCAAUGCAUCACUCCCAUUCCGCUUCUCUUUAAAGUUUUAACACAAUUGUUCUAUUUCGUCCGACACUUUUUUUUUUCCUUCUCUUUCUUCAUCUUCAUAUUUCCAUUCUCAGAUCUCCCACCUUUUUUUUAAUCUCAAACAAAUAUUCAAUUCGCAAAGGGUGGUGUUGGGUGGAUGGCAAGAACGAACAAGUACACCUCUUUGAACUUCAACGACAUCUACGAUAAAAAGAUCCUCACCGCCACCGCCACCGCCACCUCACGAUCAUCUUCCUCUUCCGCCGCUCACCCCCACAAAUCUUACUCCCUCUCCGCCUCCUCCCGCCUCGGCCAUGGCGGGAUGCUCGUCCUCUCUCGCCCUUCCCCUAAACCUCAACCACCACCACAACAACCGCCACCUCAAUCUCAGCCUCAACAACCGCCUUCAAAUUCCGUAGCUCCAUCCGCCACUCCCUCUCCCCGAUCAUCAAAAUCACCUGAUUCAGAUUCCAUUUCCCUCCGUCCUCAAGGGAAGACCGGUGGAAGCCCGACUUUCCAGGAGAGAGAAAACGGCAACAAUAAGGUGGAUGUUCCGAGUCCGAAGAGUAAUAAAUUCGUGCCGCCGCACUUAAGGCCGGGGUUCGUGGCGAGGGAGGCGGCGUCUGUGCCCGAGUUUCAGAAGCCUAGGCAGGGGAAUUUUCGCCCGGGCUCAGCUCACGGGAAUUAUCAUGGAUCGCCCAAUCGCUACAUAGAGGAUGGGCGGCCCAAGUCCGGUAGUGGGUACGAGAGGAGGAUGAGAGCUGCUGGACCUGUUCAUGGAGCUGCACAUGCACAUGCACCCGCACCUGUUGGUGUUGAAUCCGAUUCGAUUGUUUCGAAUCGACCGAGAUCCGGUGGCAGUCGCCCAUGUUCGAGUGGAUGAUGCAUUUAUAAAAGCUGGACUCUUUUUCCAAUUGUUGAGCUUGAAGGUUCAAUUGUUGCAGAUAUAUUUCAAGGAUGAGGAGCUUCGUCGGCUGAAACCCUGAGUUCUUGUACAUCUAAAACACCUUUGAAAUCUCCAGUGCGUGGAAUCUGAAGUUCAGGAGACUGGAGAAUGGUAUUGGAAUCCUACGGUGUCAGAAAUGGUGCCGUAUGAGAAAGAGGCUUGAUGAUCGAUCCAAUGCCUUUUUUGUCUGUAGAAUCCAUGUGUAGAAUAACCACAAUUGCAUUGACCUUCUAAAUUGUAGAAUUCAUGUGUUAUUUUGAUUGAUGAAAUGAUUGUAUUUCUUAUAUCCACUGUGGUUUCUGUAUUGGUGACUUGAUAUUUUUGUGACAUUUACACUACUGUGACUGUGACUAUUCUUCAAUGUAGAUAGAGGCAUUUCCUUCA